GCUGGACAGGUUUGGAGUGACGGCCCAGUAAGGCCCCAUGGUGCCCCCUUUACAGUAAAAAAAACCCCUGACAUAACAGCCGUACCAGCAGUUAGUUACCCAACCCUUCUGAGACCCGCCUCAGUCCUUACCAAACCAGUCCCAUGCCUCCGCCGCGGGAAGGGGAAGUGAAGGACUGAGCUAUUAUACUUGUUUCUGUUGUUGCGGUACAGUCCGGCCUCUUUUUUUCUUUUGUUAUCUGACUCGACGCUGAGUAUAAACAUGUCAAGAAGAGAUGAAGGCACAGCCCAAACUCCCGUGGUUCCACCCAGACCCACUAAGGAGGAGCUAGAAAAUUCCAUCACACUCAGCCUGAACAGACAGGAUGCAGCACGAACUGCAGCCUCACAGAUCUCUUCCUCCACAAUCAGCAAAGCUCCUUCUUCAGAAACUCUAGAAAAGGCAAGAGACUCCACACAGGUGAAGAUCACAAAUGCAUUGUCAUGUGGAAAAAUGCUGGUGAAUCCGUCACAGAACCCUGGGAAGCUGAAAGGGGUCAUACAAAAAGUCAACCCUUUCAAGUCUACGUCACAGGCGUCUACAGCUCCGUCCUCAGAGUCGCUGGAAGAGGGGAGGGGUUCAAACUCGACUCAGAAUCCUGGCAUGUUGAAAGAAGUCAUACGGAAAGUGAACCCCUUUAAGUCCUCUGCUCAGGAACCAAAGGCUGACCCUCAAGAUGUUCCUGCAAAUCUACAACAAGCUGACAAAGAACUCCAGAAUAAAAAGAAUCCGGGAAUGAUGUCAGGAAUGAUUCAGAAAGUCAACCCAUUCAAAUCCUCCCAGCCAAAGGACACUCUGCUUAUACGCAGUGACCUCUCCUCCAGCAGUGGAAGCUUAGCAGAUGUGCCAGAGAAUCAGAACACUGGAAUGUUUAAAGGGAUGAUACAGAAAAUAAACCCCUUCAAGUCUCGCACUCAGGUAGGAGAUAAUGGAGAUCAGACCGACUCUGUGGUUGCCUCUCAUAGGAUUCAGGAUGACCCAGGCAUCCACAGUGAGAACUCCACCAGCACUGAAAGCUUGGAUGACGACACCAUAGAGAGACAUUCGAUUUGGUACAUUGAUCCUGACACCAGCUGUGAGGGGAAAAGCCAACCAACACAACCCCCAAAGACAAAGACAUUCAUAAUCCGGAGGAUUCUUCCUACUUCGUUGUUUGGGUCAGGAACGAAGGACUCUUCAAAUACUGCCUCUGACACUCGGACUCUGCCUCAGGAGGCAGUAGAAGUUGAGACACUACAACUGGCUGAAAUACCAGUACCUGGUAAUGGGACUCAACUGGAUCCUUUGGACGAUGAAGAAGGCCUUUUGUCAUGGUGGAGAACCGUUGAGGGAUGGAAUGAGUGGAAUGUGGCAAACCAGGAUGAAGAAGCUGAAGAAGUGGUCGAACAAGCUGCUGAUCGAGUCUUCAUGGCAGCUCGUCUUUUUGUUCGCCUUUUUAACCAGCGCGGUGCUUCGCUCCAGCAGCGCAUCCUGGAGCUGCUUGCACUGGCUGACGCCGCGGACAACUUCCAUAAGAAAACUGUCACAGCCAGCGUCGGCGGCGGGGUGGCCAGCGUUGCAGGGUCUGUCACUACCAUCACAGGCCUCAUCCUGGCACCUUUCACAGCAGGAACGUCGCUCAUCGUCACGGCGGUUGGCAUCGGGAUAGCCACUGCGGGCGGUGUGACGUCUGCUUCUGCCAACAUCACAGACACCAUGCAUUCAAAGACGGAACGCAAAAAGGUAGAGAAGAUGAUUCAAGAUUACCAGGAUGAGAUUAGGGACAUCAAGGAGUGCUUGGAGUUUUUACAGGAAGGGAUGGAGAAACUUGAGGAGUGGAACUUUGAGAAGUACAUGGAGAGCAUUGAAAAGAAGCACCUAAAUCAGAACGUCAAACACGUAAUGAAGGAGGGAGGCCGAGCCGGCAAGGCUUUAGUGGUCAACACGGAGAGUCUGAUUAGCACCGUCCAAGUCCUCAGUGUUGCUGGUGGCGCUGCUAAGGCUGCGCAGGCGAUGAGCGUCACCACCGGGGUUAUGUCCGGCCUUUUCCUGGCUCUUGACGUUUUUUUCCUGGCAAAAGAUUCCAUGGAGCUGAAAAAGGGAGCCAAGACAGAAUUUGCUGCUAAGAUCCGAGAGGUUUGUAAGGACCUCCAGGACGGACUGCUGGAGCUGAACAGCAUCAAGGAACAGCUGCAAAGAACCAUGGAUGGGAUAGAGGUGGAGGUAGAGGAGGAGGACGAUGAAGAACUGUUGAAGUCUGAUUUGAAGAAACUAAAAUGAAGCUUUCUCAGCCUUCCCAAAAAAAAGUAGUAGUAGAAAAUUUGGCACUGGCUUUUAUGCUUCACUUUGACUGAUAUCACUGCACAUUAGAUGAGUAUUUUAAUAAGUUAUUGUAAAAUACUUUAAAAAUAUAAAAAAAUAUUUAAAAGAAUGUUUUAAAGUUAUUUUAAUGUAUUAAAAGCUGACAUGAAGUCGCUUUUAUAAAGUAAAUUUUACAAUAUAGUUGCUUAUUUGUU